AGGGAGAGAGAGACAAAACCUUUGCACAGCAUCCACAAGACCAGAUGGGGAAGAACUACUAUGACGUGUUGGGGGUGCCCAAGGGCACAUCGGAUGCCGCGAAGAUCAAGAAAGCCUACCGGAAGCUCGCUCUCCGGUUUCAUCCAGACAAGCCAACGGGCGAUACAGCCAAGUUCCAAGAAAUCAGCGAGGCCUUCGAAGUGCUGGGCGACGACAAGAAGAAGAAGCUGUAUGACCAGUUCGGCGAGGCUGGCCUAGGUCCAGGCGUUGGCGGGGGAGGCGGAGGGUCUUCGGAGGAAAGCGGCAUGCCCUUCACGCGGUCGCGCGGAGCCUCGCCGUUCGGUGGCGGCGGGGGAGGGACUCACCAGACCUUUUCGUUCAGCACGGGCGGCGGCGGCGGCGGCGGAGGGUUCCACGGGAGCGACCCUUUCAGCAUUUUCGAGUCCAUGUUCGGCACCGGAGACAUCAACGAAGCCGUCGGCCGAGAGGGUUUCCCGAUGGGGGCGGGCUUGAACGGGAUGCGAAUGGGCGGCAUGGGUGGUGGCUUCGGUGGAGGCAUGCCGGCGGCAGGCUCUUCUUCCCCUCCAAAGGCGGCGAGGCGCCAGGCGCCGCCGGUGGAGCACUGCCUGAACCUGUCGCUGGAGGAGCUGUACCAGGGGUCCUCGAAGCGGAUGAGAAUCACCAAGAAGACCUCAACCGGGGAGGCGCAAGUCGACAAGACGAUCACCAUCAAGCCCGGCUGGAAGAAUGGGACGAAGAUCACCUACAAGCAGGAGGGCGACGAGCAACCAGGCAUGCUCCCGGCCGAUAUUGUAUUCGUGAUCAAGACCAAGCCUCACCCCAGGUUCACGAGGGAGGACCAUGACCUCAUCUGCACCGUCAUCAUAACGCUGGAGCAGGCGUUGACAGGCUUCACUAUCCCGAUCGACACCCUCGACGGUAGAAAGGUCAUGGUUACGGAGCCGGGCCUCUCGACGUCCUCCCAGGAGACCGUGGUCCGGGGAGAGGGGAUGCCGUCCCAGAAGGACCAACGAGUACGAGGGAACCUCACCGUCAGAUACAGAGUCGAGUUCCCACUACCGGCGAAGACAGAGGCCGAGAAAAGACGGCGCCGCCAAGCAGUCGAGAGCAUGUGA